GGCCCGCCCUGCACUCUCCUCAGCGCCCCAACCGCGCGUCCGGCACCCCCUCCAAACCCGGCCGAGCCCUAGCUCCCUCCAGCGCCCCCGCCCGCAGGCCCGGGGUCCGCUCCCCAACAUGGCGACGGGGACACGAGCACGGCGGGCGGGCGGGGCGGCUCCGGGCUGGGCCCUUACACGGGCCGUGCUCUACGGUCGGUCGGCGCCAUUUUUCCGCGCCAGGCCCGGGCAGUGCCUCCUUCCAGCGGAGCUAGCCGGGCCGAGAACGCGGGCGGCCGGCGGGCCCACCCCUUACGGGCUCGCGUCGCCGUCACCUCACCUGAGCGCGGCCCCAGCCCUCCCGGGCGGGCCUCGGAGCACCGGCCCGGGCCGUGCGUGCCCGCGGCCCUCCGUGAGUUCGUCCGUCUGUUCUCGCGUGCGCCCGUCUGUCCGGCCGUCGGCGCCCGGCUGCCAGCAGCCCGACCCGGCAGGGCCUCAGGGAGCCGAUCAAGUUACAGAUAAACCCAGAAAGUUUCCUUUGUUUCCCUGCCAUAUUGUCCCUCCUAGUCAAUACUUGCUCCCCCAGAGAGACAAGGUCCUGCCAGAAGUCAGCCCAGAGGCUGAAAUGACAUACAUAUACUACAUACACCUCUAAGUCUUACAAAAAUUUCUAGAGGUGGGCUUACACUUUGCAGUGAUAAGACUGAUGGUAAAUACUUAAACCAUGUCUUUAAAAAGAACGUCAAGUAUGAGAGAAAAGAAGAACAAAACCAUCUACAGAGCAUGGACAUUCUACUUUCUGCAGACUUCAUCACAACAAUUUCAAAUGACUGGUUACCACAUUUAGUUGGACAAGCUGUGUUUUGCAGGAGGACAUCAUAUCUAAAUGGGUGCCAUAGACAUUAUAAUUUAUAAAUUUGUUGUGACAAUUUACCAGUAGUUGGCAGUAAACUGUCUUUUUAUUAGAAAAUCAGUCUACAGCCAUACCACCCUGAAUGUGCCAGAUCUCAUCGGAUCUUGGAAGCUAAGCAUGGUCAGGCCUGGUUAGUCCUUGGAUGGGAGAAAAUCAGCUCUACAAUUUUAAGACAAUAGGACAGUGAUUUGCAACCUGUGUUCCAUAAGAAUUUUUAAAACAUGCAAUACCUGACUAUUUAUUUAGGGGCACUAACCUCUUUUCCCUUAGAUUGUCAGAUUUAAGAAAUGACAAUAGCCCUGGCUGGUAUGGCUCAGUGGAUUGAGUGCUAGCUUGUGAACUGAAGGGUUACCAGUUCAAUUCCCAGUCAGGGCAUGUGCCUGGGUUUUGGGCCAGGUGAGAGGCAAUUAAUUGAUGUAUCUCUCAUACAUUGAUGUUUCUUUCCCUCUCUUUCUCCCUCUCUUUCCCUUUCUCUAAAAAUAGAUAGAGUUUUUUCUUUAAAAUACUUCCUCAAAGGAGGUAUGAAAAAAAAUGAUAAUAGCCAACACAACAGUAGCCAUCCAGUGUGACCGACUCAAAAUUACACCUAUUUUUCUUGUCAGAUUGGUGUGCUACAAAAUUUUAGUAAUAGUUUGUGUGUCAUGAGAUGAAAAAGGUUGAAAAUUGCUACAAUAAAAAUAAAAGAAGGAUCGCUUCUACUUUGAAGAAAGCCCUAUUUAUGGGCAGCAAUGGUUUGCCUUUAGGGAAAAAACUGAAAAACAGAAAUAGAGUGAUAAUAACACGACUGAAAAAAAUUAAAGAGUAUCGAGAAGUGACCAAAAAACAAACAAAAACCCAGUGAGAUACAUUCUUAGUAUUUAAAAGCCUGUUUUCAAAAACAUUCUAACAUUUUUCAACUUUUUAAUUAAAGUAUAACAUAAAAAUUCACAAAUCAUAAGUGUGUAAAGCCCAGUGAAUUUUCAUAAAGUGAUCUAAAGAACUCCCAAAUCAAAAAAUAGGACAUUACCAACCCACAAAAGCACCUCAUUGUCCCCUUUCUAGUUAUUUACCUACUCAUGCCCCUGAGGGUAAAACAGUAUCCUGACCUCUAACUGUAUAGAUUAGGCUUGCCAGGUAUUAUACUUUAUAUAAAUAGAAUCUUGAAUCUGGCUUCUUUUGCUCAAUUUUAUGUUUUUGUAAUUCAUUUAUAUUGUCACAAAUAGUUGUAGUUUGUUCCUUUUCAUUGCUUCAUUGAUAUAAAUACAUUAUUCAUUAUUUGAUUCAUUAUUUCAAUACAUCACAAUUUACCCAUUCAAGCGAUGAUGAGCAUUACAAUUUCCACUUCAGGUCUGUUUUUAAUAGUACUACUGUGAAUAUUCUUGUACAUGUCUUUGGAUGAAUGUACAAUUUUCUGCUGAAUAUAUACAUAAGACUCAGAUUGCCGGGUCAUAGAGUUUGCACAUGUUCUGCUUGAGUUGAUAUUGCCAAAUGCUAUGUCUUUUUUUUUUUUUAAAGAAAGACACAGCUUUAUAGGGUUAUAAUUCACAUACCAUACAAUUCACUUAUUUAAAGUGAGUAUGUCAGUGUUUUUUAGUAUGGUCACGAUAGGUGCAACCAUCGCCAGUCAAUUUUUUAGAAUAUUUUCAUCACCUCAGAAAGAAACCCUGUGCCCCUUAGAUGUUGCCCUCCUUCCAAUUUCCCUGCCCCCACUUCCCUAUUUCUAAGCAACUACUAAUUUGCUUUCUGUCAUCAUAGAUUUGCCUAUUCUGGAUAGUUCAUAUAAAUAUGGCUUCUUUCAUUUAGCAUGCUUUCAAUGUUCAUCCAUGUUGUAACAUGUGUCAGUAUUUCAUUUGUUUUUAUGGCUGAAUAAUAUUGUAUGAAUAUAUCACAUUUUGUUUAUCCUAUUCAUCCACUGAUAAACAUUUGUGUUGUUUGCACCUUUUGGCUUUUGUGAAUAGUCCUACUAUUUAUGUACAAGUUCUUGUUUGAGCACCUGUUUUCAAUUCUUUGGAGUAUAUAUCUGGAAAGGGAUUGCUGGGUCAUAUGGCAAUUCUAUGUUUAUCUUAUCAAAGAAAUGCCAAACUGUUUUCCACAGUGGCUGCAUCAUUUUACAUUUCCUCCAGCAAUGUAUGAGGGUUCCAAGUUCUCCAUACCCUUGCCAAUACUUCUUUCUUAAAAAUGAUUUUUAGCCCUGGCUGGUGUAGCUCAGUGGAUGGAGCACUGGCCUGCAAACCAGAGGAUCACGGUUCGAUCCCUAGUCAGGGCACACACCUGGGUUGCAGUCCAGUUCCCAGCAGGGGCCAAUUCCCAGCAGGGGUCGCAGGAGAAGCAACCAUACAUUGAUAUUUCUCUCCCUCUCUCCUUCCCUUCUAAAGAUGAAUAAAUAAAAUAUUUUUAAAUGAUUUUAAAAAAUUA